GUGAUGCUAAAUCAAUGGUACAAGGUCUUGAUAAAUUUGGCAGCUCAUCAAGUAAUUGACAGGGUCAACGAUUGUUGCAGAUCUCUCUCGAUACCAUGAAUCAUUUCUCCUCUAUAAGACGGCUGUACCUCUUUAAUUUGGAAUUCUAUUCUUAGAAUCUAAAUAACAAUACUUGCUAGCCUAAUCAACAAUUCCCUCAAAGCCACACAGAAAAGUCAACAUGACACACCCUCUCAAACCCAAGCUAAACAAAAGGAAAACAAUAAGCGACCAAAGAGAUCUAGAGACCCACGAAAUCCUUCCGCACAGUGGCAGGUUUCUAUCCGGGAUUUUCUGACAUUUCCGGCUUGGCAAUGGCUGCUGUUCGUAUUCGUACCGUCUUCGUGCUUUCCCUUCUCACCUUCUCCUUCUCCCUCUCCAAACUUGCAUUUUCCUUGACAGAAAACGAGGCUCUCCUCAAGGUCAAGAGCUCUUUCACCAACGCUGAGGCAUUGGAUGAUUGGGAUUCACGCUCCUCUCCUUGUGUUAAGAGGUGGGCUGGUAUCAUUUGUUUUGGUGGUCUCAUCACAGGUCUCCAUCUCUCAGACUUUGGUCUGUCAGGAACAAUUGAUAUUGAGGCAUUGCAACAACUCCGUGCUCUUCGAACCCUCAGUUUAAAGAACAACUCUUUCUCCGGUCAAAUCCCAGCGUUCAAUAAAUUGGGUGCACUGAAAUUACUCUUGUUGUCUCACAACAAGUUUUCAGGCCAAAUACCAAAUGAUUUCUUUUCCUCCAUGGCAUCUUUAAAGAAAGUUUGGCUGUCUAAUAAUGAUUUCACAGGGAAUAUACCUGUUUCAUUAAUGAGUUUACCGCAUCUAUUGGAACUGCAUCUCGAAGGCAACCAAUUCUCUGGACAUAUCCCACCGUUGAAAAAACCCACGACGGUAACUUCCCUGGACCUUUCACACAACAAACUUGAAGGAGAGAUCCCCGACAGCUUUUCCAAAUUCAGUAACGAAUCAUUUCUAGGAAAUGACAGACUCUGUGGGAAACAACUUGACAGGGAUUGCUCCUUAAUGGUUGCAGAAUCUUUGCCUCAACCUGCUGUUGAAGAAAAAAAAGAAAGCGCAAAUUCAGACGGUCAUACCAAAUUGGCAAUUGGAAUCGGAGUUCUAGUAGUGAUGGGUAUUUUAAUUAUCGCUGCCUUUACUGGGAGGAAGAAGGAUAAAGACGAUGAUUUCAGUAUUUUGGAGAAAGAAACACCCGCUGAGAUGAUUCCUGUGCGCGUACGCUCAAUUAAGAAGCCAGCUGAAGGGAGUACUCGGAGAGGCUUUGACUCUUCCCGGAAGGGUUCCUCUCACGGAAGCAAGAAUGGUAUGGGUGAUCUGAUCAUGAUUAACGAUGAAAAGGGUGCAUUUGGAUUGCCUGAUUUGAUGAAGGCAGCAGCAGAAGUGUUGGGAAAUGGUGGGUUGGGGUCUGCAUACAAGGCUGUCAUGACAAAUGGAUUGUCAGUGGUGGUGAAGAGGAUGAGGGAGAUGAAUAAGUUAGGGAGAGAUGGGUUUGAUGUUGAGAUGAGACGGUUUGGAAGGAUAAAGCACAAAAAUAUUUUGGCACCAUUGGCAUACCAUUACAGGAAGGAGGAGAAGCUGUUGGUAUCAGAGUAUGUGCCCAAGGGCAGCUUGUUGUAUGUCUUGCAUGGUGACCGUGGAACAUGUCAUGCCGACCUCAAUUGGCCCACACGUCUGAAGAUAAUCAAGGGAAUCUCAAGUGCAUUAGGUUUUCUCCAUUCAGAGUAUGCAACCUAUGACCUUCCACAUGGAAAUCUCAAGUCCAGCAAUGUUCUUUUAAGUGAAAACUACGAGCCGCUAAUCAUUGACUAUGCCCUGGACCCGCUAACCAAUCCCAACCAUGCUGCACAAGCGAUGUUUGCUUACAAGUCCCCGGAAUAUAUCCAACACCAGCAAAUUUCUCCGAAGUCUGAUGUCUAUUGUCUAGGUAUCAUAAUUCUUGAAAUCAUUACAGGGAAGUUCCCUUCUCAGUAUCUUACCAAUGGCAAGGGAGGGACUGAUGUGGUCCAAUGGGUCGUACAAGCAAGUUCUGAACAGAGAGAGCAGGACUUGAUCGAUCCUGAGAUUGCGAACAACACUAGUUCAAUUGACCAAAUGGUGCAGUUACUCCGAAUUGGGGCAACUUGCAUCGAAAGUAGUCCAGUGCAGCGGUUAGACACGAGGGAAGCAAUUAGGAGAAUAGAACAAAUACUAGUCUGAGACAUUGCUUUAGGCCAAAGAAGAAGUCCUAGGAGAGGUUGCCGGCGUCCGAGUCGAUGCUUCGUUUUAUGCUCGAACACAGCAACCAUGCACGCUUUAAAAGUCAUGAUGGUAAUGAAAAUGGUAAUAGCCUUUGCUCUUAUCACUCGUGCUGGGAUUCUCUUAAAAGGGGAUACGAUAUACCUUUGCUAGCCAUUCCACCAAAUGAAAGCUCUUGCGGAGAACACCUCAUAUUUGGGCAAAGCCUUGUGGCAUGGCAGCCACCAUCUCAGAAAGGUAUACUGAGUUCCUUCUUCACAAGGACGGGUGACAGACUUUCUAGGAGGUCGAAAUUUGUAGUAAAAAUUGUGUUCUCUAUCAUGUACAUUUCUGUUGGUUUUUUAGGCAGUUUUCCUGCGAUGUUAAUAUCAUGUUUUUUCUUCUUAAUCUCAUGUCUCGUGUAGGAUUGACAAUGCACGGCAAUAUCUGCAAGAAUUUCUUUCUGUUCACCAA